AUGUCUCGCGAAAAUCCUCUUCCGAAUACAACGACGGGCAACGAAAAGCCGUCGCCGCGAAACAUUGCAGUCAUUGCGUGGACUGGGAUGGACCUAACAGACUUCACCAGCUCGAUUGAGGUCUUUUCGCAUGUGCGCGAUGCAUCGCGUGCCCGACUGUACAAGACGACGACUGUCGGCGACGAUGAAAUCUCCAUCACGUCUCAGGGCACCGCCAUCAAACGAGAAAUUACUACUGAAGACUUUAUCGCCAACAAAAAAAGCUUCGACAUACUGGUCAUACCAGGCGGCGGAGGCUUCACAGGCGAGAGUAUGCCCCAGCCCGCUGGCUUGCUAUCGGCACUGCGCGAGUUCAAGCAGCUCGAUGGAGGACAAGGUCAGCGAGUGAUCUUGUCCAUCUGUGCUGGCAGUUUCUUUCUCGGGCAAGCUGGCUUGCUGGAAGGAAAAGUUGCGACGGCGCACCCGAAAAGUCUCGCAGACUUGAAGAGGCUGUGUGCAAAGCACGGGGGCUCUACGAUUGUGCGACAGCACUAUGUCGAUGCGGGCCUCUCCGAGACUGGCAUACGCAUAGUCACAUCCGCUGGUAUUACCAGUGGAUUUGAUGCUGCUUUGUAUGUGGUGGAAACAGAGCACGGUUUUCCGGCAGCGGACAUGGCUCGGGCUAUUAUGGACGCGGAGUACCGCCGAGAGGCUUUACCUUUUGGUAUAUUCUAG